AAGUAUUUUAAUUUUUGGCGCAUGAACAACAACAAUUUACGGAAUCUCCCCCGUCACAUAUACUCCAGUGUAUGGACGUCACUGCUGUGAGCACAUUUUGGAACUUUUGGGUAGCAGCAGGGGGAAAUGUUAGCAGAGCUAAAGCCUAUUUUGACGUGUUUUCGAAGCAGGUAGAACUGGACUUCGAAGAAACCAUAGUCCGAGGUUCAGGUUACAGCCUCUCCACGUCAACUCAGCCGGGGCGGUGAUAAGGUAUAGGGCCAGGCCAUGCUCCCAGGCUGUAAACAAGGCACUGUGAGCUGACCAUGGAGAGUGUUGGACUGGUUUGAGGACAAGCAGGAACGAAGUGUUCACCAUGGGGAGCCGUAGGAACGGUUUUAAUAAGGAGAGUUUCAUUUUGUCUGUGGAUGUCGGGACUACUUCUAUCAGAUGUCAUGUCUAUGACAAGGAGGCAGAAAUCCGAGGAUCAUGCUCCACCAUGGUCGUUCCCUUGUAUCCAGAGGUAGGACAUGUGGAAAUGGACCCAGAAGCCAUAUGGGAAGGGUUUAUCACUGUGGUAAAGGGAGCUGUGCAAGAUGCAGGAGUGCACAUGCAUCAGGUAGAGGCCCUGGGCAUCUCCACUCAAAGAGGCACUUUCACAACAUGGGACAGGACAACUGGAAUUCCUUUCCAUAACUUCAUCAGCUGGCAGGAUCAGAGAGCUGCAGAUUUAGCGAAGUCCUGGAACAGAUCCUGCACAAUGACGGCCAUCCAGAGCGUGAUGAAGGUGCUCUACUUCUUCACCAGGCAGAAGCGGUUGCUGGCAGCGAGUCGUCUGGUCUUCUCCCCUCAACAUGUAACCUUCCGCCUCGUCUGGGCCCUCACACACUACAAGCAGGUUCGUCAGGCGGUUACUAAAGGCAGCUGCUGCUUUGGAACAAUCGACACCUGGUUGCUGUUCAAACUCACCAAAGGGAAAGUCCAUGCCACAGAUUACUCCAAUGCCAGUGCUACAGGCAUCUUCGACGCCUUCCAUAUGUGUUGGAGUGGCUUUCUCAGCUCUGUUGUUUCUAUACCUCUCUCUAUUUUCCCCAAAGUAGAAAACACUAGCUAUGACUUUGGAUUCACAGACCCUUCCAUAUUCGGAGUGCCCAUCCCCAUCAUGUCAGUGAUAGCGGACCAGCAGGCAGCCAUGUUUGGAGAGUGCUGCUUUGAUGUCGGCGAUGUCAAAAUUACCAUGGGAACCGGCACCUUCAUGAACAUCAACACCGGGAAUAAACCACAUACGUCAUCAGCAGGUCUGUAUCCUCUGGUGGGAUGGAAGAUCGGCUCGGAGGUGGUGUACCUGGCGGAGGGCAAUGCAGCAGAUACAGGCACCGCCAUCAAAUGGGCUCAGGAGCUGGAGCUCUUCUCUGACGUACAGGAGACCAGCGACAUGGCUUACAGUGUCGACGACUCAGACGGAGUGUGUUUCGUUCCCUCCUUCAACGGCCUGCAGGCUCCUCUGAAUGAUCCCAAAGCCUGUGCUUCCCUCAUGGGCCUCAAACCUUCCACCACUAAGAGCCAUCUGGUCCGAGCCAUCCUGGAGUCUGUGGCCUUCAGGAACAAGCAGCUAUAUGACACAACGCUGAGGGAAACUCAUUUUCCCAUCACAAAGAUCAGGGUGGAUGGCGGCGUUUCCUCAAACAACUUCGUCAUGCAGCUGACUGCAGACCUGUUUGGCAGAAAGGUAUCCCGACCCCACCACUACGAAAUGUCCUGUUUAGGGGCCGCUUUCGUCGCUGGACUUGGAGUUGGAUAUUGGAGGAGCAGAGAGGAGCUGAAGAAGCUGCAAAGAGCUGACGAUGCGUUCUUGCCCAAAGGGGUUCCCAGCAGCAGUGCUUGCAGCCCGAGUCGGGAGUACAUCCCUGUCAUCCAGAGAUGGGAGAAAGCUCUCAGGCGCUCCAUGAACUGGUACAAGCCUUGACCCUGGAUGCACACAUCGAGAGGGCGAUCUAGGGUUCGAACAAGUAGGAAGAGUUUUGAGUCCAAUGAAAGCACUUAAUACAGUUUCAAGACAUAGCAACCAACAGCUGUGUCUCCAAAACAUCGUAAAAUCAGAGCGAAAAUCUGAAAUACUCUCCUGUAAAUAUUGUGUCUUAAGCUUUUAUGGUGAAAGGUAAAAGAGUUGUGUUCUAUGGAGCAUCCAUGUUGUUGUUUUCAAGAUAUAGCAACCAUCAGUUAUAUCUGCAAUCUAAUUAAGGGUAACGGUCUCUACACAACCCAACAACACAAAAAUACUCACCUGGGAGUAGAGUCCGUCUUUUAUUUUGAAAGAUGAGAAUGCAAGCAGGGGUUUGCGUUCUUGGUUUGGAAUAUGGAGCUUCUGUGUGGUUGUUUUUAGAUAUAGCAACCAUCAGCUGUGUCGAUAAUCAUAUUAAAGGUAAAGGCAUUUACUCACUGUAACAACACAAAACUGCAAAAUACUUUUCUGCAAAUAUGAUUUCUCUCAGGCUUUUAUUGUGAAAGGUAAAAAGGCAGUAAGGGGUUUGCAUUCUUGUUUCCGAUUAUGGAGCCUCAGUGUUGUUGCUUUGUCUUUGUUGUGGUUUUAAGAUAUAGCAACCACAAGCCAAUCUCUAAUCUAAUUAAAGAUAGGGCCUUUACACACUGUAACAACAAUAAAAGCCCAAGACGAUCUAUAUUCACCUGCGAGUAAAGCUGCUAUAUCUUUGUAGUUGUUCUAAGCUACAGCAACCAUCUGCUAUAUCUCCAAUCUAAUUAAAGGUAAAGGCCUUUAUACAAAAAUUCGGAAUACUCUGUAAAUAUUGUCGGUCUUAUGCUCUUAUUGUGAAAGGUAAGAACGCAAGGAGGGGUUUGCCAUCCUGGAUCCGACAUCUGUGUUAUUUCUUUAUAAAUAUACUCAACCCUUUUCAUCAACAUGAUUGGUUAAUGGCUUUAUUUGUGGCUCAAAAGCUCCAAAAUUGUGAAAAAUUGGCCCCCAGUGUGUGAAGGCCUUUAGUGUUGAACAGAAGAAAUUAGACCUGAAUUAUUCAGAGACUGCUGUGCAACCUUUAACAGCAGCCACACUUUGGAGGGUGAUGACAGAGCAUUAAGUCCUACUUUAAUAUGAAACGCAGCUGAAGGUGUUCCUCUCUGACAUACAGCACAGAUAUCUGUGGUCGUAAGCUGGGUUACAGACCAGGACAGGUGAUCCCAGCCUCGGGUUUUUGUCCUCAUUAUGAAGUUUACACAUUUUUCUACUGGAUUUCUUCUUCUCGCCAUAGAAACCUUAUCCUUGUACUCAUUCCUCUCCUUAAGCCACUGAUGCCUCUUUAUAUUGCAGUUUUUUUGAUCAAACUUGGAUAAUAUUUGUACGUGCUGCCACAUGGGGGUGCUGAUGACUCUGUCUUAUAGCUUUUUUCAUUUAUGAACAGCCAUAGCAACAACAUGCCACAUAAUAAGGAUUGAAAUCACAUUCACAUGUGGACAUUUAAAAUGAAACUUAAUAUUGAAGCUGCAAAUGUUAAUCGAUAAGUAGUCGACUAUAAAUGACUUUCAACUACUUAUUUAAAUAUCUCUAAAACAAAAGCAUACAAAUGAACUAAUAUAAUAACCUAUUAUUUUUCAAAUAGUAUUAAUAUGAGAAAUAUUAAGUCAAAAGCUUAGAUUUCAGCUUCUGAAAUGUGAACAUUUUCUGGUGUGUUUACUCUUCUGUGACGGUAAACUGAAUCUGUUUUUAGUUGUGCACAAAAGAAGACAUUUGAGGGUUUCUUCUUGGGCUUUUAGGAACAGUAAUUGACAUGUAUCACAAUUUUCUGAUAGAUUAUUAGCGAAGUAAAAACUUGCUCUUCUGCAAGACGUGUGUAAAAUGUUAGUGGCACCAGAAAAAAACCUCCACACGUGUCCUUAAAUCAGAAGCAGCUUCAUUUGUGUCUUAAUAAAUUCAAGCUGCUCCCUUUACACAGUACUUUUUAAAUGUGAUGAUGAUAUCGUUGAAAUGUAAUUGAAACUAAAUCUAAUUGUCUGUGCUUAGCUCUGUGGAGGGACAUCCCGCAGGAUUUCAUUUUUGAGACCUCUUUCAUGUUACUCGCAUCUCGCUGGAAAAUGCAGUCGUUAGAGGAUUUGAUUGGGACAUUUAGCUUUGCUAUAGUAGCAUUGUCUCAUACAUGAAUAUUAGAUUAAAGAUGCAUGGGUAGUUGUAACAAAUUGAUCGGGGGUAUCAAUGUUAACUUGCUUAAAGCAUAAAUAGGAUACAUGAAGUGUAUUUUUUGUCAAUCCAUGUUUUGUGACCCCUUACUUUUCAGGUAUUGUUGUGUUUAAUGUUGAGUUCCUCCACGGGGGAAAGCCAUGUUGAUGUCAUUUGAUGUUUUGACUCAAGUCUUUAACUCGACCUGAUGAACUAAGAUGACCAAGUUACACAUUCUAAUCGUCUUAUAGAGUUAAAAAUGCUAACAAAUUACCUAAAAAAUGUAAACUGUGAAUCUUUAUAUAUACUUGCUUGAUGUUGUUAAAUGUGUGUGCCUUUCAUGAUGUCAUAUCGGUGGUCGACAAGCAUCCCAAAAUACUUCCUUGAGGAGACAAGUGCUGCAGCUUCAAAAACAAAACAAAUAAAAAAACACAUGUAAAUAAGGGGAAAAGCGCUGCAUGAACAAAACGCUGCUCAAACCCAAUUUUUAAGUUUUAUGACUUUGGGGAUAUCAAUUUGGCCUCGCAGAGAUAGCCUGUUUUCAUAAGUGUUUUGUCAGUAUAUCUGAAAUGACUAGGCUGGCUACGUCAGACCUCCAGUAAUAUCAGAAGGAAUCAUGUGAUCACAACACGUUAAAACACGCCAAUAAAAUGUUAAACAUGUUUCCAGUGACAGUGACACUGUAUAAUCCCCAAAAUAUCACCAAGUGCUACGGUCCCAGCUGUCUGCAUCACAUUUUGACCCCUGUUGUCCCCUCGUUUCCGUUGUGUUUUGAACUUCUUGCAGCAGUUUGGUUAUGCAGCUCUUUUAGUUAGCGCAUUGCAUGUUUAGUCAAGUUGGUGAAGAGGUUUCUGGAUUUGCAUGGGUUUUGAGAUGUUGGUGUUUUUUUAUUUGCAUAGUUUUUGAAACUGCAGCGCGUUUCUCCUAAUGGAAGUGUCUGGGCCACCGUACACCGUCCUCUUCUAAAAUGUGUUGCACCAGGUGAUACUAUGCAUAAUGCAGAAAUGAGCAGACCGAUGUGGCAUUCCAUUUCUAAAACUUGUACUUAAUUAAGUCCUUGAAUGCCAUGCUGAAGCUGCUGGUGAAUAACACAUGGAUUUUGUUACUGAAAUCAAAUAACUUUGUAGUAAUAAAACAAUGUAUCUGAA